AUGCUAGACGCCUUCGAGAUCCUCACCACCUCUGGGAUUGUGCUAUGGCGCAAACACUACGCCCCCAUCGCGCCCAGUAUUGUCGACGGUCUCAUACGCGACGUCUUCAUCGAGGAGAAGCAGAGUCCGAGCAAUGAGCAGUAUAGGAAGGAGCGAUACACGCUGAAGUGGUCGCUGGCCAAGGAUGUUGGGCUGGUCUUUGUGGCGGUAUAUCAGAGCUUACUACAUCUGUCGUGGGUGGACAAUCUCUUGACCGCUGUGAAAGCGUUGUUUGUCAAGGAGUACGGCAGUGAGGUCAAGACAGGGCGCACCACGAAGCUGCAUACUUCGCGAUGGGAUGCGACAUUCGAUGCGCUGGUGACGAAGCUCGACACGGGCAAUGAACCACCUCCGCCUCCGGUGUUUGCGUCCCAGCCUAAAAGGCCGGCAAUACCGAGGAAAGAGCAGGUGGUUAUGGACGAUACGACGAGCGCGGACGCCACGCCUAUACCAACCCCAGAUACGUCACGGCCGGCGACACCGCAUCUAUUGACCGCUAAAGGUGGACCAGGCGGCAAGACGUCGCGGAGAGCGCGAAAGGCGCAGAACUUUGCCACCUCCGCACCGGCAUCUUCCGGCGAUGAGAGUGCGGCUGGGAAGGCGUCAAAGGUGAAGAGCACUGCGAAAGCGAAGAGGAGGUGGGACGUCGACGGCGGGGCGAUCGACGAUUACGGCGACGACGCUACGUUAGAUUACAGCGCGUCGACAUCAGAUGCAGUCAACGGAGACGACCACGACAACGACAUCGCAGACGUCAGCGCCUCGCAAAUGGGCAGCCGAACAGGCAAGGGCCAAUUCGUGCUAAAAGACCUCGACGACGAAGUCGACGCCAUCCUCGCCUCCUCCAGGUCCCAGAAGUCGCAAUCAUCCGACCCCGACCCAUCUUCAACAGGCGGAGGCGGACUCCUCGGCACCGCCACCUCUCGUCUCACAGGCCUCUUCCGCAACGCCCUCGGCGGCGCAACCCUAACCAAGUCCUCCCUCCAACAACCCCUCGCCGCCAUGCGCAACCACCUACUCGAGAAAAAUGUUGCCCGGGAAGCAGCCGACCGCCUCUGCGCAUCAGUAGAAACAGACCUGCUCAACCAAAAGACCGCCUCCUUCACCUCCAUCGACAAAACAAUCCGCGAGAGUAUGGAAAAGGCACUCACGCGCAUACUAACACCCACAUCCUCCCUCGAUUUACUACGAGACGUAACGACAACCACCACCGGCCCCUCCGCACGACCGUACGUCAUCAGCAUCGUCGGCGUCAACGGGGUAGGAAAAUCCACGAACUUGAGUAAGAUAGCUUACUUCCUCCUGCAAAACCACUUCCGCGUCCUGAUCGUAGCGGGCGACACCUUCCGCUCGGGCGCGGUCGAACAACUCCGCGUACACGUCCGCAACCUCUCCGAACUCGCGCGCCGAGAAGCAGUGGGUCGCGUGGAGUUAUUCGAAAAGGGAUACGGCAAAGACGCCGCCAGCGUGGCGAAAGAAGCGGUGUCAUACGCGUCUAAUAACACGGGUAAAGGAGGAGGGGAGAUGUUGUACGAUGUCGUCCUGAUCGAUACCGCGGGCCGCCGACACAACGACACGCGCUUGAUGAGCAGCCUGACCAAAUUCGGCCAGUUGGCGAAUCCGGACAAGAUUUUCAUGGUCGGCGAGGCGUUGGUGGGGAGUGAUAGUGUGGCGCAGGCGAGGAAUUUCGCGAAAGAAUUCGUGGAUACGAAGGGCAACCUCCGCAACAACGGCGUCGGCAUGGACGGCUUCAUCAUCAGCAAAUGCGACACCGUGGGGGAUAUGGUGGGAACGUUGGUCAGUAUGGUGCACGCCACUGGCAUCCCCGUCGUUUUCUUAGGCGUGGGGCAACACUAUGGCGAUUUGAGGGGACUGAAUGUCGGGUGGGCUGUGGAGAGGUUAAUGAGGUAG